AUGAGCCAGUCCCUCGCAGAGUCUACGCCAAAGGGCAACCCACCAUAUCCUUGGGUGAAGCUUCCUCAUCCAUACCUCACGAGCUACAAAAUUCACAUUGUCUCCGAAUCCACGCCACGAGUGCUUCAGCUCCAAUUACAUGACUCUUCCGUUGGACAGCCACUUCCGGAGCCACUCCACAACAGUUCCCUCACCUACACAGAUGUAUCCUACGACGAAUCCGCCAAGGAAAUCCCCGACAAUGACAACAGUCCCUGGGCGCGAACCCGCCGAGCGCCAGGUAUCUCAUUCCAGUGGACAAGUCCUGAGGCACCAACCCUCGGCCAGAUCUGGAACGUCAUCCACGCAACCUUUCUAACACAUCCCCAAUACGAAAUUCUGCGUCUAGAUCUGAUCGGAUCCGGCAGCGACAUCGUUCGCGAUGAAUGCAUUCGCACCGGCCUGACAGUCCCCUUCCCCUCCUGCCGAGUUCCCUUCGGCAACGAAAACAAGUCCUCCGACAUCAACACCCUCGUCCUUCUCCGCUCCGCCUUCUGGCAAGGCGCCGGCUCACCACUCGGCCCCCGACCCAUCUGGGCGGUCGAUCAGGACAUCCACGGCCUCCUCCGGAAGUCCGUCAGUCAGUAUCCAGCCCUCGCACAGAACUAUGAGUUCUCGAUGAAGUUCCCCGAGGAGCGCAUUUACGCUCGUCAUCCCAUUCGCCCCACGAAGCCAACACCAGGGUCCUUGGUCUACAGUCGCUACAUCCCACAUCUGGACAAGCAUUUCUCCCUCAUGGCAGUGGAUUGGCAAAAUGAGGAGCACCUGCGGCUAUUCAACAAAUGGCAAAACGACCCUCGCGUCGCAAAGGGUUGGAACGAGACUGGUACCCUAGAUGAACACCGCGAAUACCUGCGCCGUCUGCACGAAGAUAAGCAUGUCCUGUGUUUAUUCGGCCGGUUCGACGAGUUCAAAUUCUCAUACUUCGAAGUUUACUGGGCUAAGGAAGACCACUACGGCGCCCACUACGACGCCGCGGACUACGACCGCGGUCGCCACUCCCUCGUCGGCGAACACAGUGUCCGGGGCGCAUACCGCGUAAACGCAUGGUGGGGAAGUUUAAUCCACUACAUCUUCCUCGAUGAGCCGCGCACGCAGGCCGUGGUCGGCGAGCCGAAGGCGACAAAUACGACCGUUCUGUCUUAUGAGAAUGCCCAGGGAUUGACGAUCCAGAAGUACGUUGACCUUGGUCAUAAGCGAUCUGUCCAUGUGCAUUGCAGUCGUGAGAAGUGGUUCCAGUUGUGUCCUCUUUUCUGGGAUGGACGGGAGAGGCCGUUGGAGAGCUCGGAUCGCAUGGCUUUUGACGCGAAGCUUUAA